ACUUAUUAGAAAGAGUUUGAAGGGAGACGGUCCACUAAAGCACUGCAAGUAAAAUCUGUCUUUCCAAGUAAUGAUCAUUUACAUUGUUUUUACUUUAUAGGACACAAAUGUAAUAUUCAACUGAACGAAAAAGAGUUGUAACAGGGGCAAAAAUAAUAAUAUUAGCACGCUGUACCUCAGAAAAAAGAAAAUAUUCAUUCAUCCCAUUAUUUUUUAACAGCAUGUUUUUCUUGUAAAUAUACAAAACAUAUAAAUUCCUGAUUACUGAGAGUUAUAACCAAGCAGUAACGUGAAGCACCAAACCUGCAGUUUCUCCUACGUCCACUAGAGGCUCCAGCAAUGAGUCAGUCCCCAUAGACUCCAGUGUUAAAACUUUACAGCAGAACUACACGUUUACAGUCUGAUAUACAAGAUGAUUGCAUUGUUAGGGGCGUGGCCGCUGCGACUGACAGGUGGAUGGUGACACAGGCACUGAAAUGUUCUGGGCGGUCCCGGAAACCAGGAUGAAUCUUUCUUGUCAUUGCACUGAGGUACAGUUCAUUUCUGUUCAGUGAUAAAUCAGAUGACGUGUGGAAUGAGGCCUUAACGUGGCUUCCUUCGCAGAUUCCUACGUUCAGCCUCCUCUCGGGGUUUAGUAAUCUUCUUCUUGCUUUAUAGGGAUUUUAUUUUGAAGGUGCGGAGAGGAAGUGGUUCUUCCUCCCCGCAGCUUGACGGUGGGGACCGCGAGGAGCUCGAUGGUGACUGUGCACAUCGCUGUGUGAAUGACAGAGGAUGCAUGGAGGUCUCCGGCAGCUGGCAGCCACAGAUCCGUGUCCUCCUCGGUGCAGCAGCGGCGGCAGCGGGCAUCCUCUUCGCGGGCACUUCCACCUGAGCCAGCGGCAUCAUGGGAAGCUCCUCCUCCUCCCUCGCUGACGAGGCGGAGGACGAUGCGGCGCCCCGGGGUGCAGCUCUGCCUCCCUCUCCCAUCAUGGGAUGCCUGAGGAGCAGCCAAAGCACAUUCCUCCCUCGGCAGCUUCCCAGACCGGGCCGGCACAGGGAGCGCAGUUUCUCCUCUGGAUCGAUGCCCAUCCAGAGGAGUCAGUGGGCGUGCGGCUGCUGCACUUUCCUCAACGCCGCCGGCGCCCCCCGCUGCUCCAUCUGUGAAGCUCCUCGGCAGGGACCCGAUGCCCGGUGGAUGUGGCCCGGAGCAAGCAGAGAGGACGACGGUUGGGCGUGCCCACGCUGCACACUGGCGAACUCCCCUGACAGCCUGGCCUGCAACCUCUGCGGCUACGCCAGGGCGUCCGCGGAAGCCCAGCCCCGGCCUCAGCGCUCCAGCAGCUGCUCCGGCCCCCUCAGGAUGUCCUGGACGGAGACGUGCCGACCCCAGAGCAGGAAGCAGCCCGGAGACGCCGACAAAAGCAGCCUGGCAUGGGAGUGCUCGAGGUGCACGCUGCAGAACACGCCCACCUCUAUGUCCUGCUCGGCCUGCGGUGGACCCCGCAAACUGUCCCUCCCUCAGAUCCCGGCCGAGGCGCUCCUCGUGCCCGACGUCUGCGAGGAUCAUGGAGCACGGCGGGCCGAACCUGCAGCGGCGGCGCUCUCGCUAUCGAUUUCCACCCGAGGGGAGAGUUUACAUGCAGAAGCUUUGCAUCCGAACACUUCCUCCGUGCUGACUGCGCCGCCUGCUGGCCACAACAAUCCAGUGCCCUGCAGCCGCAGAGAGGUGCCCCCUCCAGAUGUUGGCCUCAGCCAGGCUCAGAGCACGUCUUCUCCCUCCAUCCUCGCUGUGUCCCAUCCCUCAACCCAGCCGGAGCUGCUGGCCGGCAGGAGACUCAGCAUCCUUAAAGAAGAGAUGUCCCCGUUGUCACCUGCAUCAGACGCCUCCAUGUCAUUCUCGCUCGCUGUGAACAGGAUGGAGGAGUGGGCGUGUCCGGCGUGCACACUCAUAAACCGGCUGGAGUCCAAACACUGCCAGGCCUGCCACACCCCUCAGCAGCUAAAAGCAGAAUUGUUCCCAAGGAGGAAGGAGAGCCGGCUGGUGGAGGCGCUGCGGCAGAGUGACGAGGGCACGGCCAAAGAGCUGUGGGAGAACAUCGUCAGCUUCUGCAGAGAGAACGCGGUGACGUUUGUGGACGACAGUUUCCCUCCUGGUCCAAAGUCCGUCGGCUUCCCGUUGGACGACAGCGUCCAGCAUCGGGUCAAGAAGUGGCUUCGUCCACAGGAAAUCAGCUGCGCCGCCUUCAGAGACCGCGGCGUGAAGUGGACCAUUUUCCGCACGCUGCGUCCGUCUGACAUCCUGCAGGGGCUUCUGGGUAACUGCUGGUUCCUGAGCGCCUUGGCUGUUCUGGCGGAGCGGCCGGAGCUGGUGGAGAAGGUGAUGGUGACCCGCUCGCUGUGCGCAGAGGGAGCCUAUCAGGUGCGUCUGUGCAAAGACGGCUCGUGGACGACAGUGCUGGUGGACGACAUGCUGCCGUGCGACGAGAGCGGCCACCUCCUCUUCUCUCAGGCCCAGAGGAAGCAGCUGUGGGUGGCUCUGAUUGAAAAGGCUCUGGCCAAGCUCCACGGUUCCUACUUUGCUUUGCAAGCCGGCCGCGCCAUCGAGGGCCUCUCCACCCUGACCGGGGCCCCCUGUGAGUCGCUGGCCCUUCAGGUCAGUGCCACCAACCCCAAAGAGGAGCCCAUCGACACGGACCUGAUCUGGGCCAAGAUGCUGAGCUCCAAAGAGGCCGGGUUCCUGAUGGGGGCGUCCUGCGGUGGAGGUAACAUGAAGGUGGACGACGCGGAGUACGAGUCUCUAGGUUUACGUCCGCGACACGCGUACUCUGUGCUCGAUGUGCGGGACGUUGACAGCCACAGGUUACUGCAGCUGAGGAACCCGUGGGGUCGCUUCUCCUGGACCGGAGCCUGGGCGGACGACUGGUCAGACUGGCCUCCGCAGCUGAAGAGGGAGCUGUGCGCCCAGCGAGCCGAGGACGGCCUGUUCUGGAUGGACUUCUGGGAUUUCACCAGGUACUUUGACUCCGUGGACAUCUGCAAGAUCCACUCAGACUGGCAGGAGGUUCGAGUCCCUGGCGUUUUCCCCCGAGCCGCCGACGUCCCCGUGUCGGUGGUGUCGAUCACGGUGCUGGAGAGGACGGCCAUGGAGCUGGCUUUAUUCCAGCAGGGCAGCAGGCGCUGGGACACAGCAGAGAGCCACCUGCUGGAUCUGUGCGUGCUGGUGUUUCGGGUCGCCUACGACAGCGCCGGCACGCUGACGCUGGGCCGCCUGCUGGCUCACAGCCGCCGCUCGGUGAGGAGGUUUGUGGGCUGCGAUGUCAUGCUGGAGCCGGGCGAGUAUGCCGUCCUCUGCUGCGCCUUUAACCACUGGCACAGCUGCAUCACCGAGGGCGGAGUGAGCUGCGGCAGGUCGGAGGCGCCUGGCUACGUGCUGGCGGUCUACAGCUCCAGACUGGUGAUGGUGGAGCAAGUGACGGCCUCCAGCACCACCAUCGCCGACGCCAUCAUCCAGCUGGCAGAAACCAAAGGCGAGCGGCACGAGGGUCGGGAGGGGAUGACCUGUUACUACCUGACCCACGGCUGGGCGGGGCUUAUCGUCAUGGUGGAGAACAGGCACCCGAGGCAUCACCUGCACGUGUCCUGCGACUGCAGCGACAGCUUCAACGUGGUGUCGACGCGCAGCAGCCUGAAGACCAUCGACAGCAUCCCUCCUCUGCACAGACAGGUGCUUGUGGUUUUGUCUCAGCUGGAGGGGAACGCUGGAUUCUCCAUCACGCACAGACUGGCUCACCGGAAGGCCGUCCAGGCCUCUCUGGGGAACUGGAGCCCCUCGAAGGCGACGCACAGUCCGGCUCUGAGCCCCGAGACCGCAGGUCUGCACCGGCCUCGGCCGCUAUGACGAACCGGGAGGAAGCGUCUCGAUGGACACAGGAACUCAUCGGACCGCUGCCUUGAUAGAGAACAGGGUUAUUUCCCACGGACACCGAGUCUGUUAGAGUCAGAGCUCCUCAUCGGCAGAAGUUAUCAAAGUGAGGCUGAAAGAAAACAGGGUUAACAUCAGAAAACACUUUAAUUCUCCUUAAAUCUAAGUUUAAACCAGUCUGAGAUUACUUUAAACUGAAUUUAAUUAAGAUGAAAUUCAUUUUCUACGAACUGUUUAAGGACCAGAGUUCACACAUCAUCUGUCAUCACCAGAAUAAAACGCCACGUCUGAUUGGAUGACACGAACAGAGAUGGGGACGCGUCACACAGCGACGUGACGGCUCGUCAGAGCGCGGACGAGCUCAAUAAUUCAGUUUCUCUUUCUUACAGAUGUGGAACAGAUGUUCCAAAGGUUCAGACAUCAUGUUGCUGUUAAUCCCAUCUGUUGGUUUGAAAUGGAAGCAGCCCUCCCAUUGGCUGGUUCACAUUUGGUAAAAGGAUGAGUAUUUACUCUUUACUCUACAGACUAAUUGCAAUCAUUCAUCCACAGACUUGUUUUUUUAUUCUUUACUUUUAAAUAUUUACGUAGCUUCACAUCUGGAGCAGCCAGGGAUGAACCACAGGCCUGAGGAGCAGGUGUACCUCCUGACUUCAGUGGGAGUUUCUGUAGCCUGUCCGAUCGAUCUGUGUUAUUUAUUAUUUCAGAGGUUGAAGCAUUGUCUCUUCACAGAUCUUUAAAAGUCUCCUGCUCAUUUCUGCCUCCAUAGUUUUAAUCUUGGACCUUCUUUAUCUGCUGCUGACUUUUCGUGCAGCCGUUUGAGUUUCUGUCCCUUCAAGGCCCAACUGCCUUUACAGCCGUUUUGUUUCUCAUUGGCCAGCUUCUGUAAGCCUGCAGAGGGGCAGCACUUAGUGUCUGUCAGCUGUGCUGUUCCCGUCUGCAGGGAUGAAGCUUCUUCUUUUAAGCCAGUCUGGAAGUUAGUGCCGUUGCAGCUCCUUCAACAUAAAAGCACGCUGUAACCUUUUCUUCUUCUUCUUCUGGAUUAUUGCAGGAAAUCGUCUCAGUGUGAAAUGCUAUUUAAUACCUUCCCUUUUUAUCACUACAAACUGACACUACGUUUGUGAGCAAGCGGUCACGAUCAACCUGUGAAUGUUCACCUGUAAGGUGGGAUUCACACCUGCACGCUGCUCCAACACUUGAAGGUGGAGCUCCUGAUUGCUCUCUGCUUUGACUCCAACAUUUUGAUGCUACUCCCUCAGGAUUUCCAUAUUGUGAUUUCAUUGGCUAGUGGCAGCACUGGAGUAUUUGUAUAAGCAUGACUUGAUUGGCUGACACCAGGUGAAGCUCGAAACACCUCCGUGUGAAUCCUGCCUAACAUCUGAAAGUGAAGGUCAGAAAUUUGGUUUCAGUUUUAUCUACAUAACACCAAACAACAACAGCCACCCCAGGUAUUUGUAUUGUAAGCUAGAGACUCUACAAUAAUACAGAGAAAACCCCAACAAUCAAAUGAGCAAGGACUUUGGCGACAGUGGGAAGGAAAAACUCCCUUUUAGCAGGAAGAAACGUCCAGCAGAACCAGUUUCAUCUGCUCUGACCUCAUAGUUGCACAGAGUUUAAAUUAAAUUUUGAAUUUAGUCUAAAGUAACACGUUUUUGUUUUUUGUUUUUUUGGUUUUUUUUGCCCAACUCUGAUUGGAUGAGCUGGACCUGCAGGUGUCUCCCAGCUCAGGUGUCUGUUAACACUUUGACUUCUGCCUUGGGAGCCGCAGAGAAGUGAACCCGGAGCCGCACCCCCCCCCAGAAACACCACAUUUAGAGCAGAAAUCACAAGAUGCACUUUAUCCGUCACAUCAGAGCAUGUUCAGGUCCACGCUGUCUUUGCUGCAACCACUGACACGUGAUUGGAGGGCAGCCGUGGAGAUGACGUGGUGUCCGCGUGAUGUUUGAAUGUUGUGUUUUAGAGUCACAGCGCAGAGCUGCUGUGUGAAGCAUUAGCACUUUAUCAACUGUAUGCUGGAGUCUCUUUUAUUUUGAAGGACGUGUAGGAAACAGUUUUAUUCUCGUGGAUUUAAAACUACCAUCGUGUUGACAGAAUGAAAACUAUGCAAAUGUUUGAAAGCUGUCUUUAUGCUUCAGAAAAACAAGUCGAGCUCUUUAUCUGCAGCUUCUCUUCUCUGAUAGCAGGGUGAAAAUAGACGUGUAUGCAUUCUGAUGUGGUUAGUGUUACACUGAAGCUUUUUAAACGUUCAGGUUGACUUUUACUCCGUAUUCUGUUCGCUCAGUAGCUACUUUAAUAUAAAGUUUAUAUACUGUAUGCAUAGCAGUAUGAAUGUAAAUAACAAUAGAAAAAAAUAUGCGGGUGAACUGAAGGAAAUAAACAUUUGAAAGUUUUCACAUCUUCGUUUUUUCAUUUUUUGAGACGCAAUCAGCAGAAAAGUCUUUUAAUGCAGUAUUUCACAAUAAACGGUUGCAUGGCCCUUUACAGUGUGGAGAAUUAAAUACACAGAAUUAUCUAGAGUUCUUUUCUAUAAUUCGUGAGUGCACUAACACCCAUCACUGUAUCACCUUUGACACCACAAUAUUUUAAAAUCCACUGAUUCCCAGGAAAGUUCUGGAUCAACUCUUCCUAGUACAUCUUUGCUGUACAAUCACUUUGAUUUUAUUUUUUAACCCUUAUUUAUCAAUAUAUAUUUAAAACUAAAUGUGCCGAAUACGUUAUGAGCCACUUCUUCUUCUUAUAUAUGCAUUAAUGUAGAGCUUAAUCGAUUAUUUCUGUCCCUAAGUAAUCUUAAAACGGGACUGAGAACCCAUAAUCAGCACGUUAUGGCUUUAACACGUAUUGUAACCUUUAUUUUUACAUAUUUGUAGAAUUAACAAGACCGAAUUAGUUAUGAGGAGGUUCUUCUUUAUAUGCACCAUUUGACGUACUGACAUGUGUCACUGAAUUACUUUGAUGAUGAACAAAUCUUAAAACUCGAGUGAUUCGAAGGCGAGUUUGGCAGCGUUCCGAUUCCCGCCCCUAGUACACCACGGCUGUAAUGUGAGUUUUGUUAA